GGGAUUUAUUAAAAUAUUCAUGAUAUCACCGUCUUCCAGCCUCUUUUCUACAUUUCGUCACACAGAGCUCUUCUAUUUCAAGCUAUAGCUGAGGUAACUACAAGUAGAGCGUUCUUCCACACAGUUUCUCUCAACAAACAAACGAACUCAAGUCUCUGCAAAGAAACCAGUCCAGAAAAUCGCCAAAUCCAUCAUGUCAUCCUCAGAAAUUCCCCAAGGAAACCCCACAGACAACGAUUAUGUCUCCCGUCCUGGCCACAAGCAGGAUCCAAUUCCAGUUCUAAGUGACGAAGCUCCCAUUGAAGAGGAAACCGCUGACAACGUCGCUGUCGACAAAAGCAACAUCAUCGAUGAUAAAACCAGACAUGCUGCUAAGUCUGCUGAGACUUACCGAGAGCCGGGGGACAAUGAGGGUUUACCUGAGGAUGAUGGGAGGAGUGCUGUUGCCCAGUAA